UAAGUGAAUAUUUCUUGUUAUUAAUGAAUGAACCGGAAUGGUAAACAUAUUCCCCGGCGGGUAAACCUAGACAAGAGUUCCUGUGCUGUGAUUGGCUGGCCAAGGGAACGAUGCGUCACGAGAAGUCGGAAGCCUCAAAGAAGCGCAAGGGGACCACCCCCCAGAGGAGGGACCGGUCACCCCCCAAGUCCCCCGCAAGGAGACCGCCGCCCCAAAAAUCACCUGUGCGAAGAGUGAGCGGUCCCGGCAGCGCUCCUUCCUCGGCGGGCCAAAGCCCUCGUAAGAGGAAGCGGUUCCGGCCCGGCACUCGAGCUCUGAUGGAGAUCCGGAAAUACCAGAAAUCCACGGAGCUGCUGAUCCGCAAAGCCCCCUUCUCCAGACUGGUGCGGGAGGUGUGUCAGAGUGUGUCCUCGCAGGAUCUCAAGUGGCAGAGCCUGGCGCUCCUCGCCCUGCAGGAGGCAGCCGAGGCGUUCCUGGUGCGCCUGUUUGAAGACUCGUACAUGUGCUCCAUACACGCCAAGAGGGUGACGCUGUACGCUAAGGACCUGCAGCUAGCCAGGAGGAUCAGGGGGAUCCACCAUGGGCUGGGCUGAGACACAACCCUCUGCCUUGCGCUGCGAAGCAACCUGAUGUCACACCUUUGUAAGCAAUUUCACUGCGAGCAGCUCAUCCAUAACUGUCAUUAAACACUCGCACCUGAAAGAGGCUUCACAAAUUCAAUAGAGCUGCACAGAUCUACGAUUCAAUCAAGCUCUCCACAGAUGAGGGUCAUCGGUGUUGAUUGGGCUGAUUUGCCAUUCGGAAUGAAAUGAGUGAAGAGGCUUGGGUUUGUGUGGAUCACUGCUCUCCACAAAGUAAGAAAAGCAGCGAUCCACACAAAACCAAGCAGCAAUUUCUUCACUUGUUUCACUUUGAAUGACAAAUCAGCCCAAUCAACACUGAUGAACCUCACCCGAUUUCUCUGGAGAGCUCAAUUCCACUAAUAAAAUAAUUGGUUUGUGCAGCGCUAAAAUUCAGUGACAGGCGUAUCAACUGGAGGUUGAGAGAGAUUUCCAGCCGACAAGUUUGUAAUUGAAUUUAAGAAGUUCCUUUUCCUUCAUUUGAAUAGUUUUGAAUCUGAAUUUGACUAUUCUUGUGAAAAAUGCUUACAUGUCCCCUGUACAAUUAUGUGCUUGAAGUUGUCUGGUUUUACAAGGUCUGUACCUUCAAAUGUAAUUUACUUGUCUUUUA